AUGAGAGUUUUCCAGGAACGAGGCCUUUUCUUCAGCUCGGCCUGGCUCAAUGAGAAGUUCGCCCCGGAGCUGCUGGAGAGCAAGCCCGAGAUCAUCGAGUGCGUGGUGGAGCAGCUGGACCACAUGGAGGCAAACUUGAAGCGGGCCAAGAAGGGAGACUUGAAGGUUAGCGUCCACCACAUGGAGAUUGAGAGGAUCCGUUAUGUGCUCAGCAGCUACCUGAGGUGUCGGCUUGUGAAGAUUGAGAAGUUUUUCCCCCAUGUCCUGGAGAAGGAGAAGUCUCGAGCAGAAGGGGAGCCUUCCAUCCUGUCACCGGAGGAGUUUGCCUUUGCUAAAGAGUACAUGGCAAACACAGAAACUUACCUGAAAAACGCAGCCCUAAAACAUAUGCCGCCCAACCUGCAGAAAGUGUCUCUCCUAAAAUCAGUUCCAAAGCCCAACCUGGAUUCCUUUGUAUUCCUGAGGGUGUUGGAGAGACAGGAGAACAUCCUGGUGGAGCCAGAGACUGAUGAGCAGAGGGAGUACACGAUCGACCUGGAGGAGGGCUCGCAGCACCUGAUCCGCUACAAAACCAUCGCCCCGCUGGUGGCCUCGGGCGCCGUGCAGCUCAUCUGAGGGCCGUGCGUGGGGCUUUUCCAGGUGCUGAGCGCGCGG